GAGCCUAGGUGGCAGGAGAGUCACCAACGUGCUGGCCCGGAAGACUCCAAACAUUUCCUCCCAUUGCCGUAGCGUUGGGUACUUUCAACCUCUCGCAGAGGAGAACUUUAAUGCAAUAAUAUUGCAACAAUUUGGUUUAAAAUGUCGACCGAAACGUCCACUGUAAAUGAUGUCCCAGAACUUCAUCGUCGUCUCGCAGAGUUAGAUCGGAGGUAUGGGUACCUCUACCCUGCUAACAUGAAUUCUCACAGGCUAACGGAACAGCGGGUCAGGCCGCGACCCCGUGCCGCGCCCAGACCCCAGGCUGAAAGUGCGCCUGUUGUUCCAGAACCAGCGGCAACGGAAGUUGACGAUUGUGAGCGCUUGGGUACGUUCUUCGGUGAGCUGAACAAGUGCCUGCGACAGAUAGGAUUCACGCAGCUGUACUUCGGGGAGAAGAUCGUGGAGCCAGUGGUGUACCUGCUCUUUUGGGCAUUGAUCUGGUUUCUGGGCAUCCAGGCGCUGGGCUUGGUCGGAACCCUGUGCAUUGUCAUCAUCUACAUGCAGAAGUAGCCUAAUAAUCUACAGUCACCCACAAGUCAGACUGGGCAAAACGUGAAGGAAAUGUAUACGUUUGCAGUGUGCCUCCCUCACUGUGUGUGCGUGUGUGAGUGAGUGAGACCUAUGAAGAGUGAGAGAGCGUACAAGAGGCACAUGCCUACAUAUCAAAUUGUAUACCCAAUAGCUAGUAAGAUACAAAAUAGAGGUAAUGCUUUCUAACGGGUUUUUCUACCUUGAGUUUUUUUUUUUUUUUAAACGUGCAGUCAUUUGUGUACUAUCUGAAAUACAUUCAGGGAGAAGCUCCUUUACAUGGGUGCAUGUGUAGUAAACGGUGGAGGAGCGUUAUGCAUAUUUAUGACUAGCAUGAAUGUUUAUGCAGUACAUUGCACUUAAUGUUCAAAAACAAGCAAAUCAUAUUGAAACACGAAUGCUGUCACCAUGAGCUUUAAUGUUGCUUGCUUCGUCCCCCAAAUCAUUCCUGCAGUCUUCCUGCAUUCCUGCAGUGUCACCAACAGGGGGUGAUGUUUCCCCGGUUCUGCAUAUAGUAGGUUAACAUGGGAAACACAAGCUGCAAGUGGUUCUUACCCGCGUCGGUCGUUCAUUAACAUUAUUUACUUGAAUGCAUGCUUUCCCUUGAAUGAGCACUGCAUGGGAAUAUGAAUGGGUUGUUGGAUGUAAUACUGUGAGCUCCCAGAUGCCUUUUCCAGUUUUCUUUUUUUUUUUGGUGGAGGAUUUAACUUAUUGCAGGAUACUACACUGUGUACACUAUCCAGGUCAUUGGAGACCUGUCUAAAUACUGUAAUAACAGUGUAUAAUGUUAAAUAAGUGUUAAAUGUUAAGACAUACUGGAUAUGAUGUGUAAACUUAAUAUAUCCUUUAUCACUGGAAUGAAGUUUUGAUCACAUACCGUAAUUUCCCAAAUAUUAGCCGCGGUUUAUACAUUGAUUUUGCAAAAUUUCUUAAGCUAUGAGGUGAAUACACAGGGCAGUUAAUAUGGUAUUAAUGUAUUUUUUUACUUGUAUAAAACACUGUCCUGCGGCUAAUAAAAAGGAAAUUGCUGUAGGUAUAGGGAGUGAUUAACUGUUCUUAGUUGUUUUUUUUUUUUAUUCAACAAAAAAAAUUAUUGGGAUUGUGCCAGGAUCAAUUUAAGUCUAACUGCAAGCUGCUUUCUGUUUACUAACACUCUUUGGGUUGAACGAUGAUACAUUAAUUAAGCACAGACAUUGUGGUACAAGUGAGGCUAGGAAAUAAUGAUUUCUUGUGUAGCAUUGGUGCCACAUGUUACAUCUUCACCUGUAACAUUUGUAAAAUCAGGUGUGGGAAUACAAGGACUUGAGAAUGGUUGAGUCUUGCCCACCAUAGGCCAUGCUUUGUGCCAUAUUGUCACAAGGAAUUCCUAAUCAUUUAUUUUUUUAUUUUUUAAAUGUUAACAUAUCGAUUGAAAUGGCAGUUUUAAACAAAGAAAACAUGUUAUGCAUAUUUGCAAUACAAAGGAUGUUGAAUGCACUUUUUAAUUAUCGUAAUAAACAUAAAUACCUUUU